AUGGAUGAACUUCGAGCACCAACCACAAAUGCAUCAAAACCUAAACCACGGAGAAGGAAGCCAUCAGCUCAACCAAAGGUGGAUGCUAAGGAGCAGGAGACGCCACAUUCAUCUCUCAGAAUGCCAAGGCCCUCAAAGAGGGCUCUGAAGGCUGAUCUCUUCUCAUCCUUCCAAGAGACAGAUGGGUCGGCCCCUGAUUCCUUGCCAGACCCCUCAAUGUCUAACGAGUACCGGACCCUGAGGAGAAGAUAUUUACUGCUGGAGGAAGAGAGCUUCGUCUUGGACAGAGAACUGAGUGAGGUUGACGGCACAAUCAAGACUCUGGAAGAUGAGAAAUUCGCCCUUCUUGACCAGCUCGUCAUCCUCGAAGGCCUUAUUGACCCUUCGGAUAUUCAGCCCAAGGGAGGCCUAUGA